AGCCCUGCAUCUCCGACAGGUGGACAUACCUCUUACUUCACCACACACGGACAUAGAGGCAGGAUGAAGCUGCUGCUGGUUGUUGCUGCUGCUCUGGCUGUGGCCAGUUGCGCCACCAUCUCUCUGGAAGACCUGGAGUUCCACGCCUGGAAACUCAAGUUUGGAAGGUCCUACAACUCUCCGUCAGAGGAGGCUCAACGCAAGGAAAUCUGGCUCAACAACCGCAGACUGGUGCUGGUGCACAACAUCAUGGCAGAUCAGGGUAUUAAGUCCUACCGGCUCGGCAUGACCUACUUUGCCGACAUGGAAAAUGAAGAGUACAGACGCCUGAUUUCCCAGGGCUGCUUGGGCUCCUUCAACACCUCUCUGCCUCGCCGCGGAUCUACUUUCUUCCGGCUGCCUGAAGGAACUGAUCUGCCCAACGCCGUUGACUGGAGGGACAAGGGAUAUGUCACUGAUGUCAAGGAUCAGAAGCAGUGUGGCUCCUGCUGGGCCUUCAGUGCGACUGGCUCACUGGAGGGUCAGAACUUCAGGAAGACAGGAAAGCUGGUGUCUCUGAGCGAGCAGCAGCUGGUUGACUGCUCCGGCGACUACGGCAACAUGGGUUGCAUGGGAGGCCUGAUGGACAAUGCCUUCAGGUACAUCAUAGCCAACGGAGGGAUAGACACAGAGGACUCCUACCCUUAUGAGGCUGAGGAUGGCCAGUGCCGUUACAACCCUGACCACAUUGGUGCCAAAUGCACAGGCUACGUUGAUGUGACACCAGGCGAUGAAGAUGCCCUGAAGGAGGCCGUGGCCACCAUUGGACCUGUGUCUGUAGCCAUUGAUGCCGGUCAUGCAUCCUUCCAGCUGUAUGAAUCAGGAAUUUAUGAUGAGCCAGAGUGCAGCAGCUCAGACCUGGACCAUGGUGUCCUGGCUGUGGGUUAUGGCACUGAGAACGGACAGGACUACUGGAUCGUCAAGAACAGCUGGGGUCUAGGAUGGGGAGACAAGGGAUACAUCAAGAUGACCAGGAACAAACACAACCAGUGUGGCAUUGCUACUGCAUCCAGCUACCCGUUGGUCUGAGCAGGUCCAGGACUUUCCUCAGUGAGAAGGAGAAGAGUGAUGCAUAAUUUACUUUAAUUUAAUAAAGAAGUAAAGAAGCUGAGUUAUGGAACAAGAGACUCUUUUGUUGUUCCACGGAAGAUAGUAGGGUACAGAGUCUGUCUGCACUUUUAAUAGAAUACCUUUUUUUAUGAAGAUUGUAAAUAAAUGUAAAGAAAUAAAAUGUUUUACACUGA